AUGAUAUUUACACUUCCACAAGAUUUUGAUGGUUAUUUCAUGAGACUUCCAAGAGUAGUGCAUAACUAUUUCAAAGAACUGAUUCCUUCGUAUCUUAAGAUUCAAACAGAUGUUGGAGAAUUUAUUCUUAAACUUAGUGUAGCUGAGAAUGAUGAUGUUAUUAUCACUGGUGAUAAAUUUAUUGAUUUUACUCUAAAUGUGCGAAUUACAAAAGGGAGUAGAUUGCACUUGGAAUUUUUUGAUGGUUACGUCAUGUAUGCAACUUCUUUUGGUGGCCAUGGAUUUCAUAAAGUUAUGUCACAUCCUUUCAAUCCAGUCGGUUUGAAGGCCAUUGUAACUGUUCAACAAUGGGAUCUCAUUUGUGGAGGAUUGACUACUCCACAAUUUCAUCCAGAGCAUGAAUCGCCUGUUGUCCCGGUGUGGAUUGCUUUUGAAGGGCUACCAAUUCAUCAUUUCAAUGAGGAUUACCUUAGUCGUUUGGCGAGCAUUGUCGGAUCUCCGCUAAAAAUUGAUAUCCCGACUCUAAACUUAUCAAGGCCGUCAAUUGCUAGGGUUUGUGUCGAAGUCAAUCUGCUACAAGAUCUCCCAAAAAGAGUACUACUUGGCACGGAGGAAUACUCGUACUACCAAGAAAUUACCUAUGAAAACUUGCCAGAAUAUUGUUCCGAAUGCAAGAAAGUCGGUCAUGGCAUAAAAGUUUGUCGACGUGGCAAGCCAAAAGUCACAACUAAGGAUCCGAAUAUAGCACAAUUGAAGUAUGCGGGUGAGAAAUUGAAAACCCCAAUCAAUACAGCCCAAGCAACCAGGCAACAAAAACCGAAAGCGGAUCAAUCGGAUACAGAGAAGCUUGAUACCCCAAUUGACGUAGUGGAUCGAAAUCCACUCAAUCCGUCGUCAGGAAAGAGGAAAAUAACAAAAGAAAAACUGGCCACAAUUAUGGAGAAUAGCAAGGAAGGAGCAAAGUCGGAUACCCCAUGGGAUGUGCAUGAUCAAAAUUCAAAAUGGCAGAUUGAGGAAAAUGGAGGUAAACAGCUCGCUGUUUACGUUCCACUGGUCAAUCUCUCAUCGCGAUUUGCGGUGCUGGAUAAUCCAUCAGAGGAACAGCUAGUUGAAAAGAUUAAUAAUGAUGCAGAUGAGAAGGAAGAGCAGCUAGAAGGGAUUGUUGAUUCGGCGAUUGAUUCAGAUUUUGAUGCGGGAAGAUUUGGUUCAGAUACUGAAACUAAUACGGAAAAUCCAAUAAGGACAGUCAACGAUGGAACACAAGAUGAUGCUUCGAUCGGACUUAGCAGCAAGGAAACAGACUUCGAAAAUGAUAGAUUUGUGGUAUCCGAUGGAGAGGAUCAUAAGAAAGCAAAGGUUGGCCGGCCCCGGGGAUCGAUUAAAAAGCUGCAAUUGCAUCUCUCAGAAACUCGUCAGUCGCAGCCAGAUAGAGGAUCAAUGGACGAUUUCAACUCAUGGAUAAAUGACUGUAAUUUGGCGGAUUUAGCUCCAGUGGGAAAUCUUUUUACAUGGACGGGAACUAGGCAAAAUGGAAAAGUGCUGAAAAGGCUUGAUCAUGUUUUGUUAAAUAAGGAGUGGAUGGAGUUCUUUCAAGCAUCAUCGAUACAUCAUUUAAAUAGAACAACAUCUGAUUAUGCUCCCUUACUUCAUCAAUUCAGAGCUGAUAUGGAUACGAGACCUAGUCUUUUUCGGUUCCAGAAGAUGUGGUUACGUAGAGAACAUUUUCUUGAUGUGGUUACUGAUAGCUGGAACCAGGAAAUUUCAAAGAUGGGGAUGCUUGGUUUCUCUCUAAAAUUGCGCAGGCUGAAGGCAUGUCGGAAGGAUUGGAAUAAAUUUGUAUUUGGUAAUGUUUUUCAGAAUCUGAAAGUGGCUGAGGAUGAGGGGAGGAGAAAAGUAGAAUUUUUUCAGAAUUUGUUAGAAGCUUUUGAUGCUAAGAUAUCGAACUGGAAGAAUAGAUUCUUAACGCAAGGAGGCAAAUUGGUGUUAAUUCGGCAUGUGCUUUCAGCUCUUCCUUUACAUACUAUUGCUACAAUUGAACCCCCGAAAAUAAUCGUAUCUGAGUUGGAGCGCAAAUGUCAACAAUUUUUAUGGGGAGAAAAUGAAGAUGGGAAUAAAAGGCAUUGGCGUGCAUGGACUCAUCUAGUAGCACCGAUUGAAGAAAAUGGUCUUAAUAUUCGCAGCCUUGGAGAUGUAAUAAAGGCUUUUUCUCUUAAGCUCUGGUGGAAGGUCAAGAAUGGUACCGGCAUAUGGGCAAAGUUUAUAGGAUCGUUGUCAAAAUCUUCAAAGGAGAGGACAAGCUGGCUACGAACGAACAAGGUCUUGGUUAAGAAUGUUGUUUCUAACAUCUCUCAAAUGCUAAGUGUACAUAAGAUCCAUGCAAAGAAUCUUGAGGAGAGAAAAGAAGUUGAGAGUUUGUUUCAAGUUAAAGUGCUACAUCCGCCAAAGAAAACGAUCAAAAUUGUGAAAUGGAAACCUCCGGAUCCAUCGAAAUAUGUUUUGAAUACGGAUGGAUCAGCAUUGGGACAACCGGGUGAUGCUGGUUGGGGAUACAUCUUGAGAGGCCAAAAAGGAGUUUUUAUUUGUGCAGAGAGUAAAUACAUCGGAAGUGCAACGAGCUUGGAAGCUGAAUUACUCGGUAUUUAUUAUGGUUUAAGGGCUUGCAUUAGGAAGGGUUUGCGCUUUAUUGAGGUUCAAACAGAUAACCAGGUCAUCACAGUAUGUUUACAAAAGGGCCAUAGCUAUCCAUGGAAACUUUAUCGUCAUUUCCGCAGCAUCCAGAGCAUGUUAAAACAAUCGCAAUCAAAAGUUUUGCACAUAUACCGAGAGGUAAAUAGCGUGGCUGAUGAUCUUGCGAAACAAGCUUCGGCUAGGGUUUCAUUUCAUUAUAAUAACUAUGGUGAACUUCCGGCAUCAAUCCGUGGAAAAGUUCACCUUGAUCAAUCUUCAUUCCCUUAUAUUAGGAUUAAAUAG